AUGUCAGCUAUCAGCAGCCACAUACGCAAUAUCGAAAUCCAUCGAAUCCGAAGUCACUUUGCUACUAAUUUCCAUGGCAGGGGUACCUGUCAAUUCUUAAGGCAAUGCGAACCCUCUCGCGCAACACCACGGCCAUCGACCACACCCACCACCACCACGAUGGAAAUCAACGCUCUUAUCAACCACAACGAUAUUGACACGUCACCCACAGCCGAGCGCUUCUACCGGCUCCAAUUGGCAAGGCAACAACGGCCACACUGGCACCUGAAGGCUCACAGGGCUCCAGAGCUCCCGCGUGAGCAAAAGAUUCAAAUACGUGCCUUGCGCGAAGACGCCUAUAUGUCCUACGCGGCUAUGCGCGAGGCCACUGGCGCGUCGGAUAAACAGAUUCAAUAUGCCCUCACUACACCGUUGACCCCGCGAACUAACCGUCGUAGCCGGAAGCCCUCGCGGUUUGCCGACGAAGAGAAGGACCGUAUUACUCGCUCUCUCAAUGACGACCCUAUCGCUCGCAAGCUCAGUUAG